GAUGAAGAUGAAGCUCAGUCCUUACAGCUUCAUCACAGUCAAAGUGAGGAGAACAGAGGGGCGGAGCUUGUAAGUCAACACAUCACAGAAGCUGAUGGAGAGCAUUGUGAAGAUAUCAAGUCAGAACCAGACAGCAUCUUUGCUCCACUGUCAGACAUGGACCACAUGAUGUCACACUCUUCUGAUCACAGUGACCACAUCCAAAAACCUUUGGAGAGUAAAAAUGACUCUAAAGGUGAUACGAGACAUCACACUAACAACAAACACUUCUGCUCUGAAUGUGGGAAAUCAUUUAGAUGGAAGAGUGAUUUUACAAGACACAUUAGAAUACAUACUGGAGAUAAACCUUUUACUUGCUCUGUUUGUAAGAAGAGUUUCUCCAGAAAGCAACAAAUGACCAUACACAUGAGAACACACACUGGAGAGAAACCUUUUGCUUGCUCAGCUUGUGCUAAAAGAUUCAAAACUAAGAAAGACAUGACCACACACAUGAGAACACACACAGGUGAGAAACCUUUUGCUUGCUCAGCUUGUGCUAAAAGAUUCAAAACUAAGAAUGACAUGACCAAACACAUGAGAACACACACAGGUGAGAAACCUUUUACUUGCUCUGUUUGUAAGAAGAGUUUCUCCACAAAACCUAACAUGAUUACACACAUGAGAACACACACUGGGGAGAAAUAUUUUACUUGCUCUGUUUGUAAGAAGAGUUUCUCCAGAAAGGAACAAAUGACCAUACACAUGAGAACACACACUGGAGAGAAACCUUUUACUUGCUCUGUUUGUAAGAAGCGUUUCUCCAGACAGGGUGACAUGACCACACACAUGAGAACACACACUGGAGAGAAACAUUUUACUUGCUUUGUUUGUAAGAAGAGUUUCUCCAGAAAGGGUGACAUGACCACACACAUGAGAACACACACUGGAGAGAAACCUUUUCCUUGCUCAGCUUGUGCUAAAAGAUUCAACACUAAGAAAGACAUGACCACACACAUGAGAACACACACAGGUGAGAAACCUUUUGCUUGCUCAGCUUGUGCUAAAAGAUUCAACACUAAGACAGACAUGACCAGACACAUGAGAACACACACAGGUGAGAAACCUUUUACUUGCUAUGUUUGUAAGAAGAGCUUCUCCACAAAACCUAACAUGACCACACACAUGAGAACACACACUGGAGAGAAACAUUUCACUUUCUCUGUUUGUAAGAAGAGUUUCUCCAGAAAGGAACAAAUGACCAUACACAUGAGAACACACACUGGAGAGAAACCUUUUGCUUGCUCAGCUUGUGCUAAAAGAUUCAACACUAAGACGGACAUGAUAUUACACAUGAGAACACACACAGGUGAGAAACCUUUUACUUGCUCUGUUUGAAAGAAGAGUUUCUCCAGCAAGCAAAUCAUGACCACACAC